AUGCAAAGUCUAAAAGGUACGUAUGUAACAAAGAAGAAACACCCUUACUAUAAAUGGGUACCGGACGAGUCAGCUGCUGAGGAAAAGUUUCUGUCCGACCAGAAAGCCGUGCAGUCCGUACCGACGGAGGCGCCGGGAUGGGUCUAUAACAAAACGGCUGCCGACUUGUUUCGGAAGCAAGUCAUCCACGGCGAUCACCUUCAGAACGGAAGUUUCGUCACCACACAGGAGAACGCGCCUCUGAACUUCGUCAUCACGCGCUACGAGCACAACACCACCAUCUUGAAUGUCUCAAAGGAAGCCUUACACCGUAUAUAUCAAAUAUCAUCAUACUGCAUUUCUUUUUCUGCCCAGAAAAGCCCAUUUAAGGCCAGGGCCGCUGAUCACUACCAGACGUGCAGUAUAGUCGGGAACGGCGGGAUCCUGAAGAGGAGCGGCUGUGGGAAGGAGAUAGACGCCUCCGAGUUCGUGUUCAGGUGCAACUUUGCUCCAAUGGGGGAUGAAUAUGUGAGAGACAUCGGAAACAAAACAAGCCUCAUCACCCUCAACCCUGGCAUGAUUGAGUAUCAGUACAAUUCAUUUAACAAUGAAACAAAGCCUGAAAACGUGGCAGUUUUUGUGCGUGACCUCUCGAAGUACGGUGACAGCUACCUCUGGAUUCCGGCCUUCUUCAGGCAGGAUUACGUAGACUUGACCUUCGCCACACACCAGGCUCUGCGAGAAAUCAGCCACAAGAGGAACCAACUCAUCAUACCUCAUCCAGACUUUAUAAAAUCUGCGCAGGCGUACUGGUCAAGGAAUGGACUCGGAGACCACAGGGCAACCACAGGAUUAUACCUCAUUAGUGCCGCCUCACAGAUAUGUGAGGAAGUGCACCUGUACGGGUUCUGGCCCUUCCAUGCAGACAGGAGCAACAGACGCCUGACGGAGCACUACUUUGACAACUCCCUCCCGACGAGAGCUCACAACGUUCCCGAUGAGUUCAGACAACUCCUGCGUCUCCACAACUCAGGCGUUCUACGUCUGACCACAAGGGCGUGUCAGUGAGGAGACAAUACUGUAUAAUUCACCUGAGCAAAAUUUCACCGUCUCAGGAAAAUGGACAUGUUUACAGAACUUAAUCUUCAAGGUGGCAGCAAGCGCAGAGGGGCAGGGGAAAAGACAAAUGAUUUCAUAAUGGUAAUGAUAAGUUCAUGAUACAGUGGUGACCAUCAAAACAGUAAACAUUAUUAAACUACAGUGAAAAAA